AGCAUCGGAGGCGUACACGUCAACCUGCGCUCUCAGCUGCCACUGCCGGGCCGGACCAAGAUUCUUGUUUUCUUAAAUAACUCUUCAAGUUAAUUUGAAUCACUUCGUACCUAAACUGUGAUAGCUAACACAGAAGAAAAGAUAGAUUAGCAACGUGAACAACGCACAAAGCAAUUGUGAUUAAUAGCAAGACUUUCAUCUGAGAAGAAAAUCCCAAGACAUCUAUCAACAUGCGUGAGUGCAUCAGCGUCCACAUUGGCCAGGCCGGCGUGCAGAUGGGCAACGCUUGCUGGGAACUGUACUGCUUGGAACACGGAAUCCAGCCCGACGGCCACCUCGCCGAAGAUGCUCCCCAAGAAGAAAAUAUGUACACAACCUUCUUCCAAGAGACAGGAAGGGGCAAGUAUGUUCCACGUGCAAUCUACGUGGAUCUGGAGCCCACUGUUGUUGACGUGGUCAGGACCGGCCCAUACCGCCAGCUGUUCCACCCCGAACAGCUGAUCAAUGGUAAGGAGGACGCAGCCAACAACUACGCUCGUGGCCAUUACACCAUUGGGAAAGAACAAGUGGAUUUAGUAAUGGACAAGCUGCGCAAGAUGGCUGAUGCCUGCUCAGGUCUUCAGGGCUUCCUCGUCUUCCACUCCUUCGGCGGAGGCACCGGAUCUGGCUUCACGUCCCUGCUGAUGGAGAGGCUCUCGGUUGACUACGGGAAGAAGAGCAAACUGCAGUUCACCGUGUACCCCGCCCCCCAGAUCUGCACGGCGGUCGUCGAGCCCUACAACUCCAUCCUGACGACCCACACGACCCUCGAGCACUCCGACUGCGCCUUCAUGGUCGACAACGAAGCCAUCUACGACAUUUGCCGGAGGAACCUGGGCAUCGAGCGCCCCUCCUACGAGAACCUCAACCGCCUCAUCGGCCAGAUCGUGUCGUCCAUCACAGCGUCGCUCAGGUUCGACGGCGCCCUUAACGUCGACUUAACCGAAUUCCAGACCAACCUCGUGCCUUACCCCAGGAUCCACUUCCCUCUCGUCACGUACGCGCCAGUGCUCAGCGUGGAAAAGGCCUACCACGAACAGCUGUCUGUGGCCGAGAUUACAAAUGCUUGCUUCGAGCCCAACAACCAGAUGGUGAAGUGUGAUCCACGUCGCGGAAAAUACAUGGCGUGUUGCCUGCUGUACCGUGGAGACGUUGUUCCCAAGGAUGUCAACUCUGCUAUUGCUGCCAUCAAGACGAAGAGGCAGAUUCAGUUCGUGGACUGGUGCCCUACUGGCUUCAAGGUGGGCAUCAACUACCAGGCUCCCACGGUGAUCCCCAACGGCGACAUGGCUCCCACACAGCGCGCAGUGUGCAUGAUCUCCAACACGACCGCCAUCGCCGAGGCUUGGGCCAGACUCAACCACAAGUUCGACCUCAUGUACUCCAAACGCGCCUUCGUCCACUGGUACGUCGGAGAGGGUAUGGAAGAGGGUGAGUUCGCAGAGGCUCGCGAGGACUUGGCUGCCCUCGAGCACGACUACGAAGAGGUGGCCCAGGAUUCAAACCAGGACGAGGACGAAGACAUCGAGUAUUAAGGAAGGGCGAGAAGAGGCGGAGCGGCGGGGACUUGAGGCCGUCGUGAAGAGCGAGAUGGAGGGAGAGGGAAAGACGGGGAAGAAGAGGCCGAAAGAAAAGGAGGCAGAUGAAAAUGAGAAGAGAAAGAGAGAGCUAGUGGUAUGAAAGACGGAGAAUGAGAGGGAUAACGACAAGGAGAAAGAGGGAGAAGAGAGACAGAUAACAGCCUUUUAUUUGUUUGUAUAUGACUUGAACGCUAAAGUAUAAUAAGAGAGCUGGCUGGACUGCAGAUGGGACCAAAGAUUAGACAGUGAGAGGUGGAAGCCUAAUGCUCACUAAUUCAUAAGAUUAGUAGCCAUGUUAGUCAUGUUUGUUUUUGUUAAUUAUAUGAAUAGUUAAAAGAAAAAAAAAAUGAUCUGAAUACUUUAUGAACAGGGUAUAUGUUACGAAGCUUAUAGCCAAAGAAAUUCCAUAUUAAGAAAAUAUAAUUAUUGUGAAUACCAAAGACCAAACACAAUCCAUGGGAAAAGCGAAAGAGGUUAUAUCUUAAAAUAAUCUUUUCCUAAUCUUUGUAAAGGUUUGUCUCAAGUGAAAUGGCAAUGUUAAUGCUCAAUGGAACAUGUUCAUCAUGAUGCUCACUGCUCCUUAGUGUUGAAUAGCCUUCCAUUUUAUUCAGUUACAAUAAACUGCUUUACGAAAAAAUACAUUUCAGCCUCGGCACAGGAGGCAGUAUAUUACUCUAUUUAUCUGCAAUGAAAGUAAUGAAAAACAGACAUUUUUUCCACGGAACUCCUAAAAGAUUAUAAGCUUUAGUUAUAAUUAGUGGAUGUCACUUGUAUGUUUUGAUUCUAUACAAUGAAAAAAAAAGAAAAAAAAAAUCGUAUCUCACUUUCCUUCGGCACAAGCAGCAACCUUCACACUGUGGCUUAAUGUUUACGAUAAGUGCCCGGCGGACCCCUAAAGGCGGCCGCCACGUGUUACUUACGGUAAGGACAUGUUUUCUACUCGUUUUGUAUAUUUCUUCAAUAAAAUAUAUAAGUUAUGAUGAAAA